AUGAAGUUUAACCGUGACGAUUACGCGAGCUUCAAUCAUUACUUCAGUCAGUUCGAGGACGAACUGCUGAAGAAAAUACGCUUCCGCCGUCCACUGACCGAAAAUCAGCAGGUUCUCGAAAUCGUCUACGACACGCUCGAUAUCACCAGUCACAGCGUGAGUGAUUUCCUAGGGAAGUACGGCAAGUUCGACAGGAUCUUCUCUUUCCUGCUGUUCCACUUGGUGGAGGACCAGAAGACAGCCUACGCGAACGUCGCCAAAUUGCUUAACGACGACGGGGAAUGCCUGGUGCUUGCUUUCUCCAGCUUCGAUUUCGCGGACGUGUGGGAGGAAGUCUGCAAGACGCCGAAAUGGACAAACCGUUUACCGAAUCCACGGACUAUUGUAAACUCCUUCUUCAACUUUCAUCGCGUCAAGUCAACAGCACAGGUUGAAGCGGAUGUCAGGGACGCAUUGCUUGGAACCGGACUGCAGUGCAUCUCCUGCGAAGUUCAUCAUCACUCCUGGAAGCACGAAAACAUGGAAUCUCUUCUUGACAUGCUCCUAGCGGUUGUUCCCUUCAAGGCCAUCGUCCCCGCCGAGGAGUGGGCAGACUUCGUCGAUCUGUGGACGCAACUGUUGCACCGGAAGUUGUGCCCAGAGCCGGGACAGCCACUGGCGUUGAAGUUUGCCGUCUACGUCGUUCACGGCUGCCGAGCUACCGCACAAUAA